CGGACGCUGGGGACGGUGGGAGCGGAUCCAUUUCCGGGUUGGUAAAAGGGGCGGCGGCGAGCGAGCGAGCGAGCGAGCAAGAGAGAGAGCGAGCUUGCCGCGGGGCGAACGAGCAGGACUAACCCAGGACUGAGGUAUAUGAAUGACCUAAAGCGGCAAAUAAAGACGGAGAGACAACGGUGCCAACUGGAGCAGGGCAAGAAUGCCAAUUCCUCCUCCCCCUCCGCCCCCGCCUGGUCCUCCCCCACCUCCCACAUUUAAUCAGGCAAACACAGAACAGCCCAAACUCAGUAGAGAUGAGCAGCGGAAUCGAGGCGCCCUCUUACAAGACAUUUGCAAAGGGACCAAACUGAAGAAGGUGACCAACGUUAAUGAUCGGAGUGCUCCUGUCAUUGAGAAGCCCAAAGGGAGCAGUAGUGGCUACGGCCCCGGAGCUGCUGCUGCUCUGCAGCCCAAAGGAGGUCUCUUUCAAGGAGGGGUGCCGAAGCUCCGACCUGUGGGAGCCAAGGAUGCUUCAGAGGCUCCAGCUGGUAAGCCGGCCCUGCAAGUCCCCAGCUCUCGAGCUGCUGCUCCAAGGCCUCCGGGAUCUGCAGCCAGUGGGCGUCCUCAUGAUGAUACCGACAGCAACCGAGCCUCCCUCCCAGAACUGCCCCGGAUGCAGAGACCCUCCUUACCGGACCUCUCUCGGCCCAACACCGCCAGUGGCACAGGCAUGAAGCACAGCUCCUCUGCACCUCCCCCACCACCUCCAGGGCGGCGUGCCAACGCGCCCCCCACCCCUCUGCCUCUGCACAGCAACAAAACCCAAGGCUACAACAGGGAGAAACCUUUGCCUCCAACACCUGGACAGAGGCUGCACCCUGGUCGAGAAGGACAUCCUGCUCCACCCCCUGUAAAGCCACCUCCUUCCCCUGUGAACAUCAGAACGGGACCCAGUGGCCAGUCUCUGGCUCCUCCCCCACCGCCUUACCGCCAGCCUCCUGGGGUCCCCAAUGGACCCUCAAGCCCCACCAAUGAGUCAGCCCCUGAGCUGCCACAGAGACACAAUUCUUUGCAUAGGAAAACGCCAGGGCCUGUCAGAGGCCUUGCACCUCCUCCACCCACCUCAGCCACCCCCUCCUUGUUGAGUAACAGGCCACCUCCCCCAGCCCGAGAGCCUCCUAGCAGGGGAGCAGCUCCCCCGCCCCCACCGCCCAUGAUCCGAAAUGGUGCCAGGGAUGCUCCCCCUCCUCCCCCACCUUACCGGAUGCAUGGGUCAGAGCCACCAAGCAGAGGAAAGCCCCCACCUCCACCCUCCAGGACACCAGCUGGGCCACCCCCUCCCCCACCACCACCCUUGCGGAAUGGCCAUAGAGACUCCAUCACCACUGUCCGCUCCUUCUUGGAUGACUUUGAAUCCAAGUACUCCUUCCAUCCAGUGGAGGACUUCCCUGCUCCAGAAGAGUAUAAACAUCUGCAAAGAGUAUACCCCAGCAAAACAAACCGAGCUGCCCGUGGAGCCCCACCUCUCCCACCCAUUCUCAGGUGAAGCCUGGCGUAGUCCUGCUCCUCAGGAAAAGGAUGGACCUCCUCUUCUCAGAUGGCCCCCCAACCCUAAUCCCUGCAUGAGAGCUCCUGCAGUGUUUCUCCAGUGCAACCAACCCUAGGCUCUGAGCAUCCUCCCAGCCCAGCUCCAUCUAUGCAUCUCCUCUCUGGACUUGGUGAUUGGACUCUUUCUAUUGGCAGUAGGGUCUACUCCCAUUUCCAUCUUCCAGCCCUGCCCGCCAGAGGAGGAGAGAGCUUCCACGUCUCCUGCUUUCUUCCAGGGAAAGGUGCCUUGUUAUGGUGAAUGGACUCACAUUGGGCAGGGCAGAAAGUGUAACCCCUGUCUCUGUCAUUCACCGAGGGCGAAGUGUGGUGUGUGCAUUAUAGCCCAUAGUUUAGGAGGUUGGUGUGGCCAGGACUUCUGAGGAGAGGUAGUCCAUGAUGCAGGGAGGGGGUUUGCAGAGAAGUGAUCUGUUUUAAAGGUCAGGUUACAGAAAGGACAAGGAAAUGGGUCUUCUUCAUUUUCAAGUGUUUUGGUUUUGUUCUCAUCCCCCUCCCCCAUCCCACGAGAUGAGCUGUGCAUACACACUAAGUACUGAUCCGUUAACUAACAGUUAAGGGCACCAAGCAACUGAGGCUCAUUUCAGAGCCAGUCAGCUCUUGUGCAGCUAAGGGCCAGGGCUGUCCAAGCUCUGGGACCUCCUGCCCCUUCCCCAGGGUGCUAGGCUGAACGGUGUCCCUUCCCGAUCCCACAAGAGAAGAGUCACUUUGUUGAGGGCAUUGUCUAUUCCCAAGUCACAAACCCUACAGACUUCCUAUAAGACAUGGAAAGAUAGGGCCUUAGCCACAGCCUCCUGAUGGCUUCAGUUUUUUCUGAUUAACCCUGAAGUGGCCAGCAGCCCGAGUCCUUCAGGCUUGGGGACAGCUCCAGGGAGACUAAGAAGGGAACCGGAAGCCCUAGCUUCAUGGCAGUGUCUGGCUCUUCAGGGCCAGUAAGGUCUUGGCAGCCUGCUCAUAGCGAGACUCUCACACCCAUCAGACGGCAGGCUCUUCCUGUUUCUCUUCCUGAGACUGCAGGGUUUAAGGCCACAGCGUAGGAAAGGGCGCUUCAGGAGGAAUACAGAGUCCUGCAAACCAAGAAGCACAAAGACAUAGGCAUGCCACCCGCCUGCCAUCCACAGGUGGGUCUUCCCUGGCGGCCAGCAAUACAUUGUUUCUCAGUCUUCCAAGGUGUAGGGAAACAGCACAGAAGUGGAUGUUCCAAUGGAGGCUGCCCUGUUGGCCAGGAAGUGUCUCUUCUCCAGUAGCAGUGUGGGGCCCCUGAACUCCACACCCAGAGAAGUUGGUUUCCGACAGUCCUGACCUGGGCACAAACUGCUCAGAUCUUACAUCACGGUAGGGAGACCAGGCUGUUCUCUGAGUUGGGUAGGGGAAGCUAGUGAAAAACUUCCAGAUACACCAUGGGGUUAAACUAUCGGAGGGACCGUCCUUUUUCCUUCUUAUUUUUAUUCUUAUUCUCCACCCACCCCACUCCACCCCCACCCCCUAAGACAGGGUUUCUCUGUGCAUUCCUGGCUGUCCUGGAACUUAUUUUCUAGACCAGGCUGGCCUCAAAUUCAGAGAUCCCCCGCCUCUGCCUCCCAGGUGCUGGGACUAAAGGUGUGCGCCACCACACCUGGCUCAUAGGGACCUUUCUAAUCUAGUGGACCAUAGGCUAAGGAUCUGUGUGUAGUGCCAGGUCAGACACAAAUCUUCUAGGACUGGAGAAAGUGGACCUAACUUAGUUCAUUUAUUUAUUGAGUGUUGCCCAUUGCCAGCUCUUGGACCACUUGGACUUUUGGGACAGGCAGUGGUUAGAUCUCACCGGACUUUUAAUUGUUCACUAUUUAUCUUCUUCUCAAAUCUGUUAGCAGUUAUGCUCCCAGCAUCCUAACGUGAACAAAGCGAAGAGAGGGAGAAAAGCUGACACUUAGAGAGUUCCAGGGUAGAUGCUAAUGGUUGAACUGUGAAGUCUUCCCAUUUGUUGUUGAAAUGGGAGCUGAUGCCUUUUGUACAAUGUUAUCAAAGUGUGAAACUUUUCCCUUACUGAAGCAUAGACCAUCAGAUAUAUAUGUGUGUGCGUAUUUAUGUAUGUGUGUAUAUAUAUGUAUAUACACACACAUAUAUAUUUGUAUACACACACAUAUAUCUACUCACAAAUAAAGCCAAACCCUGGCUUUUUUCUUGGGCUGAUGGUAUCUUCCUCAACUUGACCUGCCUCCCUUUCUAAUCCCCAGAAUCAGACUGUGUCUCGUGGGUAUUGAUGAUAUUUUCGUUGUCUUUGCCUGGUGGAACAACCACCAAAAAAAGGCUUGAAUUUAGAUCUGAGUGAGUGAGUUUGCUCCUCCAGUUGAUGGAUUGUGUUGAUGACACAACGCCUAACUUAAAUGUCUUUGCCUUAUUCAUCAUUUGGUCCUGCUGUUAAUAACAAAUUUAUUAUCAUGUAUAUUUGCUAUUGAAGAUGGGAGUGUGAUCCUCAAAAUUGUUGGUCUGUUUUAUAUGUUGUACACAGCUUGUAACGCAGGUUUAAGGUAGCCAGGCUGUGAGAACCCUGGCACUGUGCCCCUUUAAACUGUCCUUGAUGUCCUCAUGGGAAUGUCGUCUCUUCAGUGGAAGAUUGGGUGGUCUCAUGUUGAGGCUAUUACUUAGUCCCUUUAAUCCCCUUGCCCCCUCCCAAAGGGGAGAGACAUUGCCCAACUAAGCAGCCAGAAGCUCUGUCACAGCUUUCGUGGUAAUUUUCCCUAGUGGGAAACGCUGGAUGGCUGUUUCUUACUGCCCUGCCUGGUCAGGCGGUGGUUCUGAUUUUCAAAUGAGCUAGAUGCUCCUCUUUCCCUUUCUCCAGUCACCAAACCUGGACCAAAGUACUUCAUAUUCCAGGUGUGGAUUCCUCUCUCCUGGGGUUUGCUGCAGCUGCAGAGCCCUGCCCUUUUCACAGCCUUGGCCACUUGUGUGAGCCACUAGGGCCAUCCCAGCCUGAUGGACUGGAGGCGGUCCUCACCAGGAAUUCAAUUCAUUCCCUGCCCCCUUUCCUAGCCCAGGCAAAGAAACUAGUCACUGGCCAUUGCCCUGGGGGAAUCCCCUCAUGCAGUGGCUUCCCACCUCCAGGCUGAGGUGAGGGUGGGGAGAACUGUAAAUAGACUUGCUGCAGAGCAACUCAGGGUUGGGGGGUAUAUUUUAAUUCUCCUGAUCACUUGAAAAAUAAUCUGUGGGCUGAAUGCUUCUGGAGUGUGGGAGAAAUGUGACUCUGGGGUCCUUUGUCCUCUGAGGUUCUGGGGGUGGAAUGUAGGACUUCAGAGGCCCUUUGAUAGCAUGGCUGCGCUGUCUGUCCUUCUGGAAACCCAUCCUGCCAUCAGCUGUAAAUCAGAUUCUUCACAUUCCAGGUGUAAGCUUUCCCUUCCCUGUGACUCUCAGUCCCUAGCUACGUGGUCAGGGGGACUGUGUUAAACCACCCAAAUUUAGAGAAUGAGAGGGAAGAGAGGAGGCCAUUAUAAAUCUGCCUUCAAGACUCAUUUCUUGAAAACAAAAUGGAAAAAAAAAAAGAUAACCACCUUCAAUCACAGGCAAAAACAAAACCAAGAAAAAAAAAAGCAAACAAGCCAAAAAACCCAACAGCAACCAUUUAACUGAAGGAAGGGUCUGGUUCCGCUCCAUCCCGUGUUCAUUGUGCCUUUACUUGUGUUAGAUCUAUGUGCUUUCUUCCUCCCCUCUAUGACGUCAUUAAUUAAAACCUUCCUUGAUAACCGCUGUUUCCUUUCUGCUUCCUGUUUCUUACAGCUUGGUGGGUUUCUUCUCUGAUUGUCUUCCAUCUUCCUCGCCUGGUGGCAGAGGGGCUUAGCGCACACACACGCACCCUCUUUUUUUUUUUUUUCCUUCCUGUCUAACUCUCCUUUCCCACAGUUUCCAGCCUGGAAGUUACAGUCAACACUGAGUAAGAGACCAGAGUGAUUGUGUGCAUGUGCGUCAGUUUCUUUGAAAAAUAAUUUAUUGUGUGAUUUCCUUUGGAGUUUUUGUUCAGGUUACAGUGCUGCUCCACAAUAGCACGGAUCCCUGCACCCCCAGCCCCGGCAUAAAAUGUAUUAUCUGGUCUCAGGUUGGAUUCCUUGGUACGUUUCUUUCAGUGCCGUUUAUUAAACCUGAAAAGGAAAAAAGACAAAGGAAGACUCUGUGUGUUCUUGUCGUGAGCAAGACUGGUUCAGGUGACGGCCCCGAGAGGAGGAAACCCCAUUGUCUCCUCUUCUGGACAGAGGUGGCAGUUUGAGUUCAGGCUCCCUUAAGAAAGGACCUGUGGGUGGGUGUGGCAGAAGCACUUGCAGCUUUCUGGGGC